UUUCAUCUUUCGUGUCCGCUUCAACAACUAUUAUUAUAAUAUUUCUUUGCUCAAUUUUGGGCUGUCAGUUUUGCAUUAGUACUUGCCGUUGCUCUUCUAUAACCAGCUUUGAAGUUGUCCAUAUACACACGGAGUAACCUGGUGGCAACAAGAAAAUGGACUCCGGCACGAGUUUUCACCCUUUUCCAAGGCUCCCAUACGAACUUCAACUGAUGGUUUGGGAAUGCUAUCGCGAUUUGAGGCCGCGGCGUCGUCACAUCUUCACAUACUACCGAAGUGGUUGUAUGUACGCAGCAGUGGAUGUCAGAACGAACAAGACGGUCACUGUGACCGCCGAAUUGGGCGAUCCCGAUUGCAUACAGCCUGUUCACCCUCAUGCGGGGCCUGGUGACCGCAAGAUAUGCCUACCAGAAGGGAGCUACAUACAUGUUCCCAAGCAAACACUGGUCAUUUCCGGUGAUGGCGAAACACUUCACAGUACCCGAUUAUUCGCCGACAAAAACAAGUAUGCCUGGGUUAACUUUACGAGAGACGUAUUCUUCUGUGGGAGUAAACAGCCCGUCACGAUACCACCAACACUAUACCACGAGGGCUUUUCAAAGGCUUUGCUCGGACCUUGGAGCCUUUCGUCACCGGCCUUAAGCAACAGCAGCUGGAUCAAGCGCGACCACUGGCUGCCCGAAAUACAGAAGCUGGCUGUUCGACACCACCACUUCAUCACCGAUUCGGGGGGAAGUUUCUUGCAGAAACAUGACCAAGAUACACUUGCUCACAUGACCUCUUUGAGGAUGAUCUACAUUGUCGUCCCGCAUGGCAAGACGUGCGUUGCCAAGGAUCCGCGGUGGCGGGAGAGCAUGGCGGACGUGGAUUGGUUUGUGUGUGCCGAUGCUCAUGCCAGGAUGCAUGCUGAGAUGCUGGGCUCGUGUGCGUGGGCAGUGAGUCCUUCGUCUAAGCAGAUGGAAGGGGUCAAGAGGGAGCUGGGAAGGUUAUUCAAGCAUCGUAAUAGAGUGGUCAGCAUUCGGGUGGUUAUAGAUCAAUACGGCGAGGAUCUGGCAGCAGGGUCAAUAGUCCCUGACGGGUUGGAAUCGCUGACUCCUCCAUAAGGUGUGGAAUGCUCCAAGUUUGGUUCAAAAACAUUGUCACCCUUGUAUGAUAGCUGCCGUCUCUUUAUAGACAACUAUUCUGAG